AUGGCCGUCCUGUUACGUCGUGCCAACUAUUGUGACUCGUCACUCGCACUGGAGUUGGUUUACGGUUUGGCAGUCCAUGGCAAUUUCCACACCCCAGGUAACAUUUUCGCUGAGGGUGUCUCCCAGAAAUGGACGUAUACUGACCCCAACACUGUUUUACGUACGGGCUUUCUCAAGGACGACCUAACAUACCAACGUUUGCAACGCGAGUCUCCGAGUACUGAUGAUGCCAUUUUGUGGCAGGCGGCUAUUGAUGAGGUCGAUAAUCACACCAUGGCUGACCCCAUCGACGGCGACA